AUGCCGAUCCAGUCACGAUGGACAGUGCCAAUUCCCGAGCAAUCUUUGCAAAAAUGGGUGUUUGGUUCAUCUUUCGGUCCAUUGCCUGAUCGUGUCACUUUCGUCGAUGCGGAUAACCCGGACACAAGAUCAUUGACCUUUUCCGAAUAUCGCCUUCUCUCUAAAAGAGUUGCACUUGGAUUGCAGAGGGCAGGCUUAGCCCAUGGAGACCGGGUACUGUUGUUCAGCGGGAACACUCUAUUCUUCCCCGCUGUAUUCAUGGGUGUUCUCAUGGCAGGAGGAAUAUUCACCGGGGCGAGCCCAGCAUUUGGGUCAAUGGAGUUCUCCCACCAAUUGGUCAAUAGCGGAGCUCGCUUUGUUAUCGCGGGAAAGAAGAACGUCCCGGUGGCUCUCGAUGCCAUGGAGAGAAACGGGCUAACAAAGGCCAGCUUGUAUGCCUUUGAUGAUGAGCUCAGCAGUGCGGGAGGUAUGAGCCAGCUUGUCAUAAAUCACUGGUCGGCCCUGCUGGCCAACCCGGAGGAAGCAGAGAGGUUUGACUGGGUUGAGCCCUCUGACCCACUAACAAGCACUUGCUGUCUCAACUAUAGCUCAGGGACAACUGGGCUGGCAAAGGGCGUGGAGAUUUCUCACUAUGCCUACAUUGCCAACGGAGUAGCCUGCCACUUCCUCGAGCAGCAAACCCCCGAGAGUAGAGAGCUGCUGAAGAUAUCCAAGAGUCUCUGCUUCCUGCCACUAUACCACGCAGCCGGGCAGACCACUUUUGUCGCGAACCAGCCCAAGCUGGGAGUCACGACGUACAUAAUGCCUGAGUAUAAUUUUGAGAAACUGCUACAGCACAUACAACGCUUCAAAAUCACCUCGCUCAGCGCAGCCCCGCCCAUCAUUCUAAACAUUGCGAAGAGCCCUCUAUGCGCAAAGUAUGAUCUGUCCAGCGUUCGAGACGUCACUUGUGGCACCGCGCCUCUGAGCCGGGAGGUCGCUGACGAGACGGAGCAGAAGCUCUGGCCGCACGGGGAGAAUUUCGUCCGACAAGGCUGGGGAAUGACGGAGAUUACGUGUGCCGGGCUUCUUUGGAGUACAGAAGAUAUGCAGAAAUCCAUUUCUGUUGGCGAAGCCGUUCCCAAUGGACAGUUCAAGAUAAUGGACGGGGAAAGAGAGGUCACAGAACCCAACAAGGUAGGUGAGAUCUGGUAUUCUGGGCCAACUUUGAUGAAAGGCUAUUGGCGCAAUCCGAAAGCCACGGCCGAGACAAUUGUAGAGGAUGGCGGAGUCAGAUGGAUUAAGACUGGAGAUCUUGCCUAUGUGGAUAGAUUCGCACCGGGGGCUAAAGUGUUCAUUGUUGAUCGAGUCAAAGAGCUUAUUAAAGUCCGCGGGUUCCAGGUUUCUCCUGCCGAGCUGGAGGGAGUCCUCCUUGACCGCAAAGACAUCGUCGACGUUGGUGUAGUGGGCGUCUUGGUUAAUGGCGAAGAAGUUCCUCGCGCCUAUGUUGUCAAAGGGGCGGAUGUUUCAGAGAGGGAGAUCAUGAAAUGGCUGGAAGGGAGGGUAGCCAAAUACAAAUGGCUGAGAGGCGGAGUAGUAUUUGUGGACAGUAUCCCUAAGACCUUGUCUGGAAAGAUCCUACGCCGAUCUCUACGGGAGAUGGCGAAAGCUAGCGAUGGCAAGAUCAAGGCAAAGCUCUCAUGA